AUGUAUUCAGAUUGGCCUCUGUAUAGGGUGUAUGACCAAUUUAGUGGUGGAAUGUGGAAACUUACAGACGAACAAAAGAAAGAACUUAAAAAAAUUAAAGAAGGAGAUGAUAUGAAGCCAAGAAUCAGCACAACUCAAGAAAAUUGCAAGUACAAUGCAUUGGUUGCUGGUAUUGUAAGUGACAAAAUCGAUAGUCUUGAGGAACAAAUAAAAGACUUGAAAAAUCAGAACGAAACUCUGCAGACAGAAAAGGGGGAACUUGUGAAGAAAAGUGAAGAGAUGCAAAACAACAUCAACAGAUACACAUACAUGGAUGAAUUAAUGGACGACCUGGAAAAAGGUUACCAAGAUGAUACCACACAACUAAUACAACACUACGAAAAGAAACUCGCUGAAGAAAAAGAAUAUCGCAUUAAAGAUCUUACUGAAGAAAAGGAACACCAUGCAAAAGAAAUCCGAUCUCGUUGUGACAAGAAUGAAAAGAAGAUUAAAAUGUUUCGAGAGAUGAUCCAUCGACUCAAAGUUGCUCAUCCCGACAUUGAAGAGUUAAAAUUAAUGACAUUAAAAUUGACUGUUUCUGUAUUUUAG